UCAAGUUUUGAUUGACAAUUCAGAAUAUUGCUAAUAUUGUUUUUAUUUUGCAAGAUUUUUUGUUUGGUGUGAUUAUAGCGAAUUCAUAAAGGAAUAAAUUUCGGGAUAAACGAAAAAAAGACCCAACAGUAUGGUUGAUGACUUGAGAAAAUAUUUAAAUCAUCUGAUUGAAAAGGUGAAUGGAUUACACUGUAUCCUUAUAACUGAUCGCGAAGGUGUGCCUGUUGUAAGAUCAGUUACAGAAAAAGCACCACAAUUAGCCCUGAGACCAAAUUUUAUAUCAACUUUUGGAAUGGCUACUGACCAAGCAAGUAAACUUGGCUUAGGAAGAAAUAAAACUAUAAUAUCCAUGUAUUCUAGUUAUCAGGUAAUUCAAAUGAAUAAACUGCCACUAGUAAUCACAUUUAUUGGAAGUGAUAAUUGUAAUACUGGACAUAUUUUAGCAUUGGAAAGCCAAAUAGAACCCUAUUUACAGGACUUGGGGACUAUAGUUGCAGAAGCACAUAAAGAUAUGUAACAUUAAAAGUAAGAUUUUAAUUAUAGUAUUGAAAUAUGUAUGUACCUUUUCAAUCUAUGAGUUUUUUGUAUCAUAAUCUUAUUAGCACCAUAA